AUGGAGACUGUCUCAGCUUUGCAGCAAGGAACUGCUGCGAGCCACUACGUCACUGUGCCGCAACUUGGGACAUCCGGGGCCGCAGCCCCUGCCCCGAAUAUCAUGAUGCAGACCUCCGGCUCUAACUCGGCGAGUUCUCCGUCUGGCUGCGGAUGGACGUCGGCCUGCUCGUCCAAGAGACUAAUCCAGCUUGUUGAUCUUGUUGCUGCCACCGCAGCACUGGCAAGCACAGGCCGGUUCUGCAACAAGAAGUCCGCUGGAAACGUUCGCGACCGUGAUGGCGUUGCCUUCUUUGACAACGAGAGAAAAGUUUUUGGCAACAGGUAA